AUGAAAAGAUUUUCUCGAUCAAAACGCUCAAGAAAAGGUUCAAUAAAUAAAUUAUCAGAUAUCUUAACACAAGAUGCACCGGUUGCACGUCUUUGUCGUAUUCGAAAAUUUGCAACAUCACCAUUUUAUGGCUUUUUCUUAUGUGGUGAUCCAAAAAAACACGGUCGAGUAUUCAUUUCCGAUGUAACAAAACAUUCGCCAGCAGCUGUUUGUGGUUUACGUGAUGGUGAUCGUGUCAUUGAAAUAAAUGGUUCAACUAUUGAUGGAUUAACAUAUGAAACUAUCUUAGAUAAAAUAAAACAUCAUAUGGGGCGUGAUGAUCUUGAAUUACUUGUACUUGAUAAAAAAUCUGUUCAAUGGUAUCGUGAACGACACUAUCCAAUAACAUCACGAACAUUACCAACUAUUGUUCAUAUUGAACCCAUUAUUAAUGAUACAACUUCAGAAACACAAUCUUCAGAAUUACCAGCCACACAUACUAAGUUGGUUGGAUUUGCAGAUCGGCGAGUAUCAAAAACGGGUCUUUGA